CGCCCUGGCCGCCAGGGGGCUCGCGGACGCAGGUGAUCUCAGAGUGGCGUUGGGUGCCCUGCGCCGCGCACGUCGGGAGGCAGGUGCGGCGUCCGAGCCUUUUCCAAGCGUUUUUGUAUGAACUGGAGGCGUAAUAGUAACGGGAAAUAAUGACGUUACGAUUGGACGAAUGAGAUUGGAGAUUUUAUGAGCUUUGGUGGAAGAGGGAGAUGUUGUGAGGCAAUAUGUGGUCGUAUAGUCAAAUGCUUUUAAGUAAAUCAUUCGCGAAGUUUGUAAAUUUUACGCAUAGACAUGAUAUGUAACACCAUCAUAGAAGCUUUCAUUAUUAGUAAUAAUUAUUCAUAUGAACGCUUAUAAACAAACUUAAUGCCUACCCACAUAUUAGAUGUUAAAAAGACUUAAAAAAUGCUGUGUCAUUUUCGAUUACAGAUGCCACAAGAUGUGAACAAAACUUUUUAAAAGAUAAUGAAAAAUGGGAUCUUAACAAACCGGGCUGUAAAAAAAAAAGAAACAUUAAAAGAUUGUAACAGACAGACUAAGGAGCAGUUCAGUGUUAUAGUGAUGCAGUUAAAAGGGUGAUGUUUAUUAAACCAUGUGCGCGGUUGUCACUCGCGAUGCUGUUUUUCCUCGAAAUAGACAGGCGCACCCAACAGCCUUUGUCAAAACGGUGUCCCCCAGUGGCGUGCCCUUGCUCGUCCGCAGGCCUCAAGCUCCUUCGGCGCCUACUCUAGGAGGAUUCCAGUCCGACCCUGCCUCUCGGCCGCCUCCUCCUCCGGUCCCUAAGAGGAUAGAGGACUCAGGGGCGCGAGCAAGUCAAGGAGGAACUUUCGCAGUGUUGCCUCCGAUCAAGACCUCAGGCCAGAAGUCGAGUGACGGUUUCUCGCUCACCGAACUCGAGGACAUCUCUCUCAAGAACGAGCUGGCGAGGGUGUUGAAAGACGUCUCGGACAAGACGCUGCAGGCUCUCCUGAGGAACCUCCGAUCUCAAGACAGAGACCGCGAUGGCAUCCUCACCACGGACUUCCUCAAGGGCAGCCUCAGGAAGUUCCAGAUCUAUCUCAGCCCCGACGGACAGAAAAACCUGUGCAAGAAAUUCGGCGAGACGGGAGAGCGAAGCGCGGUGGUCCGCUACGAGAACAUGUUCGCCUACAUGACCAAGACGCGACUCGAGGCCAUCAGGGCGCCUCCGCCGAAGCCCCAGCAGGAGCCAAGGAAGUCGGACCAACAGCAGCAGCAGCGACUUGUUAACCUCAGAAACAAAGUCCUUUUCAGCGAUCGGGACGAGGCGAAGCUCAUCAUCGACCUGGAGCGCCAACUCGCGGACAAACAGGUCAACAUGGCUGACCUUAGGCGGACGAUGUAUGACCUGGAUCGCGACCGGAACGACUUCCUCUCCGGGGAACAGGUCAAGACCGCCCUGCAACGCUGCAACGUAGACCUGCCGCCCGACCUGCUGGCGCGCCUCCUGCUGGCCACCGACCGCACCGGCGCCGCCAUGCACAAGAUCGAGGCGCUCAUGAAUUACCUCACCAGGGUCAAGCCCGAGGCGCAUGGCAUCCUGAUCGGCAGCAGGUACGACCCCCCACAAGCAAGGGGGGGGCGGGGGUCGACAUUCCAGAGCCAGUCGUCUCUGCAGCCUUCGUGGGGGGCGCCGACCCAGCCGCUGCAACAGUUGCAGUCGAAGACGGACUACCUACCUGACGAAGGCUUCAUUGAGGGCCAGACUGAAGCUCCGGGAUCGGUCUCUCGCGCCCCUUCCCUGGCCCCCUCCCCGGCGCCCUUCCAGUCUGCUCAUUCUCCUGCCGGCCCGGAGGAGGAGGAGGAGGAGGAGGAGGCGGAGGCCCAGGAGCCCUUCAACAUGCACAAGUGGAGCGAGGACUAUGUGCACCUCGCGCAGGCUGUGUACGGGGCGGACCACGACCAGGCGGGGUACCUGCCGCCGGAGGAGGUCCGCCACGUGGCCUCCACCUACAACCUCGUCUACAACCUCAACAUCUCUGAGGCGUCGUUGACCUCAGCCAUCUCGUCGGCCACUGACCCGAGCUACGGCGAGGUCAACCUUGAGUACUUCGUCGCCAGCCUCCAGGACCUUCAUUUCCACGAGAAGGGAGCGUAUUGAGUACAAACUUCGGAUUGGCUGGCGACCGUUUUGUAAUUAUUUGUUAGGAACAUUUUUUUUUUGUUUUGGUUAUAGACUUUCUUUUUUGUUUAUUUUGUAUAUUAUUGUCGUUUUUUUUCUCGAUCAUUUCGAUUUAUUUGAUCUAUUUUGCGUGUUUUCCUUUAAUUUUCCUAUAUUUGCUUAGUUUAUAUUUCACUCUCCCUUACCACGUUUUCACUUCUCUGCAUCUUCCCUGUUCUUUAUCGUCAUCAUAAGAUAAUCUAGGGAUGAGGAGAACGAGUGAAAAUUGAUAAUCAAAGUUCUAUUUGUCAGUGUAUUUGUCAAUCCGAACUACAGAUAUAACUCUAAAUCUAUCUGAAGUUGAAUGUACCGUGAAGCUUUCUCUUGUUUUUAGAUGUAAUAAGUCAAAUAACGUAUAACUGCUGAUUGUCUAAUUAUCAUCCUACUGCAGGGGUACAACUUAGUCACUCUUGCAGCACCUAGAGCAGUGGUUCUUAAACUAGGGGGCGCGCCUCCCUAAUUGGGCUUCAGUAUUUUCCAAAGGCGGCGCGAGUCCUUGGGGAAAAAAGGCAGUGAUGGCUCUAAUUAUCUUUGUUAUUCUCUUAACGAGCGCAAGGUCACAUAAGGGAAAGUUUGAUUAUAAUGCCACUAAUUCUUACUUAGUAGAAAGACUAACAAAACAUUCUUAUAAUUUUCUUUAAAAAUCUUGGAGGGCAUUUUAUUUACAAAUGCAAUUUCCUAAAGGGAGCGUAGUGGUUAAAAGGUCAAGAACCAAUGACCUAGAGUGAGUGAGGGUUCGAGUCCUGCUCAAGGGAGAAUAGCGAUGCAGGAAAUUUUAUUUUUUUAAUUGCUUACAUAUUAAAGAGUUAAAUGGACAUGCUCGGACGGAAAUGUUCGAAAGAGUGUAUAGUAUCAUUGUUUUUGAAGUAAAGGGUAAAGUCAUUGUUUAUCUGUUUAUCUUCUCUAUUCUCUUACCCCCACCCCCUCUCUUUCUCUAUUUCUCUAUUUCUCUCUUUCUCUCUUUCGCGCUUUCGCAGCUAUAUGCCUAUGAUAAAUUGAGACUUUGCUCAGUCACGAGAGUUAUAGAGAAAAAAAACGGGAUUGUUGACACCACCAUCAGCAAAUAAAAUUGUCACAAACAUUGCA